CUCCAGAGGGCCCUCUGAAGGGCUGUCCCUUUCCUUGGAGGAUAGGAAGCUGGGAAAUAGGCUUGUUGGGUCCCUGGGGGGGAGCCUGGCCAGAGACGCCCCAUUCCCUUCCAGCCCCUGCGCCCUGGCUUCCCUUUUGUCACCGGGCCCCCCGGCCCCUGCGCCCUGGAAUGCUGGCAUCCAGAAUCCUCCUCCUUUGCCCCUCAGAGGCUUGUGUCCAGACAGGCCUUCUCACUUCCUGCUUCCUGCCAGGCCCUGGAGGUCCCUCCUAGACCUGGACGCCCUGAACUUUCCUAUUAGCAGCAGCAGAUGCGGGGCUGCCUGGGGACAGUGCCUGGACCUUGGCCCCUGCUGGGAGCAGCUGCUGGCCCAGCCUGACUCAGCAGCCCCAGGUAUGGUGGGAAGGAGGACGAGGAGGCUGCCUGGGAGGGGCUCCGCAGAGGGAGAGGCCUUCCUGGCCAAUGAUCAGCAAGCUGAAGAGUCAGUGGAGGGGCUGAUGCGGAGGAGGGAGCCCUGGAGCACAGCCACCCUUGAAGAGGGCGGGCAGGCCUCACUUGCCCACUAUGAGGGCGUCUUCCGGUGUCUAGGGCGGCAUCGAGGCCGGUUGAUCGCCUACAGCCUGGUGUUUGAGGACCCUGCCUCGCUCCAGGAUCCAGACUCGGACACUGACUCGGAGGGGCCUGGCACUGGCUCAGGGAGUCUGGGCCCAGGGGUUGGGACUGGGGGUCCCCCGCUGGAAGGUUCCAUCGCUGAGCUGGAAUGGGACCCCACAGGGGAUGUGGGGUGGCUGGGUGCCCUCAGGAGCAGGACAGUGUGGACGCCGGGGUCUCCCUGUGACGUGUGUGGCCGUGCUGAGCCCCUGGCGGUCUGGUCCCUCCGGGGACCGCCAUGGGGUCCUCCCUUGUCUUCAUUCCGCACUCAGGACAGGAAGCAACCGAGCCCUGAAGAUGUGCCUGUGCUGAUCCCUACGGGUUCUGAGGGUCCCAAGGAGGGACGAGGACCCCGCUGGCCCCGCCGGACCCUCUUCUUCCUGCUCCUCCUGCUCCUGCUCGGUGCCGCAUGUCUCCUGCCCCCCCCAGGGGGGCCUCAUUGCCCCCCUCCACGGCUUCCUGGGCCCCUGCACCUUGUCCUCAGCUACGUCAACGGGCCACCUCCAACCUGAGCCCUGGGGGCUGGGGGCUUCCAAGCAGAGACUCCAUUUUCUUCCUCUGGAUCCCUGGAAUAAAAUUUAAAGUACA